CAUACAAACUUUUGUUUUGGUUAACCGGAGUUGUUCAUUUGCUGGCUUUGGUUUCUCUUAAAUUUAUCCCAAAAAAUUAUGGGCGUGGCUCUGUUUUUGGUUAAAUUUUAACAGUUUUUGGAUUAAGAAAAACGAUCCAAACCAGAAACAAUUUUUGUAGAUAUCAAAUAUUUGUAACAGAACCGAGAGAAAUUACCCUGAAACCGAACCAGAGAAUUAUAAAAAUCUUGAUGGCCGAAUCUCUAAAUUCCGAAGGAAUCAGAACCUAUAAAACCCAACCUGAACCGAACCGAAUAUUUUGAAUGCCCAUGCCUUAUCUUUUUUUGUGCACAAAGUUAAACAAAAAUUUAACUGAACUUGUUACCAACCAUAUUUAGCUCAAAUAAGUAAGUCUGUUAUUUUCUCUCUCUAUAAUUCCCGGGAAAUAAUGUUUACCAUUUCUCUCUCUCUCUCUGAAUGUUGUCUUAGUUGUAUUUUCUCUCACCUUGAUUCCUCAGAAUUUAAUUUUGUCACAGACUUCACGAUUGGUUACUGGAUUAAUUCUUCUUUCUGAAUCCAGCCCACUUCCUCCAUUUCUCUGUUUCUGUUCUUCCUUUUUUCUUUCUUCAUCUCCAGAUGUCACAUUUGGUUUGCGGUAAAGAAGAAAAGGAAAACGUUUUUGAUUCAUUCUCUUGAUAAAUGGCUUUUCUUGAUUCUGUGUUGAGACAUUGGAGCCUCCUCCACAUUUUGUUUCUCUCCCUAUCUUUAUGUUUCCUCCUCGUCAGAUCACAAGAACCACCUUUCUUUACACAAUCUCCACCUCCACCACCACCUCCUCCACCUCCACCUCCACCACCACCACCACCACCUCCUCCGCCACCACCACCUCCACCACCACCACCGCCUUCUUCUGCACCUCCACCACUUGUUAAUGUGACAGACAUUUUUCCACCACCUCCAGUAGCAGAGACAAUUGCGCCUCUGCCUUCACCUACUCCUCAACAGCAGCCUCCGCAGCCCAGGUCAGAAUCCCUUCCACCGCCUCCUGAGCCACGGAGGUUUGGAUCACCAGAUGAACCAAAGAGAGGUGGAUUAAACAAAGGGGAGACGGUGGGACUAGUCUUUGCAGGGUUAGCAGCAAUGUUGCAGGUCUUGGUUGUUGUCUUCUUGGUUCUCAAAAGAAGGCAACUUCUCCAGCUCAAAGAAACUCAAUGACAUAUGCUAACAAUGUCUGAAUUGACACACAGCUUACUUUGUUAGUUUCAGAUGUCAUUUAAGAAAUGUUGAUAAGAGUGAUGAAGAUCAGAGAGAGGAGAAACUUCAAAGUGUUAACUAACAAUGUAACAAUCUUUUCUCUAGGAUUCUUUAAUGAUUUGCACAAAUGGUUUCUUCUUUCAAGAUGAAUCUGAUUAUGUUACAACCACUGUUAUCUUGGUGCAAUAUAUGGAUUCCAAGGUGCAUUCUUAUGAAAUGAUGAUUGGUUCAAACAACAUUUCUAUAUAGAUAUCCUCCAAUAGUAUAUGUACAAAAGACAAACCAAACUUUAAAUCUAAAAGGACUACGCAAAAGUACCUUCUCUUUGAAACCUCACAUUCUCUCCAUCAUCAAAUAUAAAACUCUUACUUGUUCUGGAAACAGUCUUGAAGUUGUUUUCUUUAGAAACCCACCCCA